UAAAUUCUCCUGUUAACAUUCUCUUUCCAAACACCGAAGCGAGCGAUCGUGAAGUGUAAAUAUUAAUAUAUUAAUAAAGUGUGCAGUAAGAGCGAAUUCAGCAUCAAUUCAUCAUACAAAACAUGGAACCAUUCACGACAAACGAUGGAAAAUACAGAAUUGAAUCUCUGUCUACUGAAACAUUUUUGGGUGCCUUAAAAAUAAUUGAAGACGAUUUCUUUAAAGACGAGGUUAUAUCAAUAGCCCUUGAGGUUAAAAAUAAUCCUAAAGCAAUCGAAGAAUUACUGGAAUUGUGCGCAGACGCCGCCCUUGAUUGUGUCUCCGUAGUUGCAGUCGUAGUUGAAACUGGGGAAGUUGCAGCAGUUUUAUUUAAUAAAAUACAGGUUCAAUCAAUGGAUGCUUCAGAAAAACCAUUUUUUGCAAUUUUUGCUGAAGAGCGUUGCACUCAAGCUUCAUCUCGUUCCCUUGUAGAAUUUAUGGCUGAUAUUGAUGGAAGAUGCAAUUUCUUCAACAAGUACAAUGUUGAUUGUAGUUUUGAGCUAAUGUUCUUGGGCACAAAAAGUGGACACAGACGUUGUGGAUUAGGAAAACUUCUCGCACAAUUCUCUAUAAACAUUGCAAGAAAAUAUAAAGACCUAACUAUGACACAACUAUUUGUUAAAGAUCUUGGACCAAAGUAUGCUCAUUUAAUGCCUCAUAAACCUUAUGGUACAUAUCCGAAGAUUUGCCAAGCCAUUAUGACUACAGAAGGCAGCCGAAGAAUUGCAAAGGCUCUGAAAUUUACAGUGCAUUUGACACUGCCUCUUUCAAAAUUUGUUUUCAAUGGAAAAACCUACACUGAACGUAUUGGAGAUGAAUCUUCAUUUUGUGAAGUGGUAGCCCUAGCUUUGUACUAACUAACUUCACGAAAAUCAAAAGUCUCUAAUUUAUGCAUGAUUUUAUGCAUACUUUUAUAAUAAUUAAAGAAAAUAUCGCAUUUGUAAGAACCAAAAUAAAGACCUAAGAUAGUAUUUGUUUGUACAGAUAUCUUUAUUAAAUAUAUUUUAUAUUUCGUUGUCAAAUCUCUUAACAGAAAUUAUAUUCAUAUUUCUAUGUAUAAAACGAGGAUUUAAUUAUUUUUGUUAUGGCAUAAAUUAUAAUUUAAUAAUAUAAGUAUAUUAUGGUCGGUUCAAGCUAAAUAAAUAUAUUUUUGUUGCUUAUAACUUUUGGCCAAAAACGAGGAGAAGAGUUCCGUUACGGGAAAUACCUAGCAAUUUGAUAUUUACAAAACCAUGCUGAAAA